ACCGAAUACCCCUCUUUGAAAUUGUCUGCGUCAUUUGACGACGAAAUCCGCUUGAAUACGAGAUUUCAUCUUAGGCCGCAAAUGGACAAACCUUUAUCUCAACCAAUUUUUUUCUAUUCUGAUGACUGCUGAGACAUUGAAGCCUGACUGACCUAAAUUAACGCAUGUUGCAGGGAGCUGAUAAUAUAACCAGUGCUGGACCUGGGAGACUGACGAAAAAGCAGCAAGCAAAUUUCUUGGUUAAAAAGUCAUAGACCUUUUCUUAGUAACGAUCCGGUAUUUCUUCAUGGCCACCGCUGCAGCACCUUCGUUUCAUUCGUCAAAAGAGACAACCAAUUACGCCCGGCUGUGCAGGCUUCUGGUGGAUGUCGGAUCAGAUGUCCUGAGAGAAGCAUUUGAAAAGAAGCGUCCAACCGGUAACCUAGACACAGUUUUGUCCAGUCCUCCAGUCCAUACAGUGCUACAAUCACUGAAAAAGAAAGUGUUAAAUCCCCUAACCCUACAAUGGGGCAAACUGUAUCCUGCUGUCAGAUCCUCAGUUUCAUCGAAGAAUUUCGAUAUAACUCUUCUUAUGGUCUUGCUGAGGAACAUUUGUGGUCUUGCUCCUCCAGCGACAGGCUGGGAUACACUUCCUCCUGCCACAGACACAACCUUCGAGGCAGAUAUCGUUCGUAUCAAGUGCUACAGAAACACAGUUUAUGGUCAUGUCAGCAACUCCUCAGUUGAUGACCCAACAUUCAAUCAAUACUGGCAGGACAUCCAAGAUUCAUUGGUGAGACUAGGAGGAACUGGUUAUCGAAGUGCUAUUGAUGAUCUGAAGAAGGAAUGCAUGGACCCUGAUUUCGAAGAACACUACAAAGAGCUUCUUAAACAGUGCAUCAUGGAUGAAGUCAGCAUCAAAGAAAAAUUGGAUGAAAUUGGUAAAAGCCUGCAUGAAAUGACAGAGCAGUUUGGUAAAAGCAUGGAUGAAUUAAAGGAAGCAAUCGUUAACCCUAUAAAGAAAGCAGAAGACAAAGGUAUUGUGUAUUGACGGUAAAAUCUGUGCACGGCCUUUUGAUCUUUCUUGAGAAAGGAAACUUGAAGAGGAAGAUUGAAGGGCCUCUGAUCAGAGGGUGAUAAGCAAUUUAACAAUCAGUUCAUUUUAGUAUUAUAGAAUGCCUACCUUUAACAAGAGCUCAAACUCAGAGAAAUAUCUUCCACUAGAACUGACCCCUUUCUCUCUGACCCGAAAUUGGAAAAAAGACCAGGUGUUGGCUUUUCCAUGAAUUUUUUGGGUGAUAAGCGAGUUAUUUAUCUAUUUUUUUAUUCCUCAUGCGAGGAGUAAAGAGAACUCACAGUUCAAAUAGAUUCCCUGCCAAGGUUAUUUGCACCAAAAAAACUGCAGUAAGUCCUACAGU